UUUAGAAAUUAAACCAACAAUUAUUCGUGAUCUUGAAGCAGCUAUUAAUGCUACAAAAGGAGAACCAAUGACAUUAACUAUUGAAGCAACUGGUAAUCCAAAACCAACAGUUCGAUUCUUUCGUGGUACAGACGAACUUGUUGCUACUGAAGGUCAAAUUGAACUUAAAGAAUCUGAAGAUGGUCAAACAUUUACAGCUACUAUACUUAGUAUUCAACCAAAUCAACAAGGUGAUUAUACAGCAACUGUUCAAAAUACAGGUGGAAUGGCAAAAAGUAAAAAAUGUAAAGUUACUGUUACAAAAACGCCAACAUUUAUUCGUACACCUCAAGACUUAACAGUGGCAGAUAAAUCUGAAGCAAUUUUUGAAUCGGAAAUCGAUGCAUUUCCAUCUGCAAAAAUUACAUGGUUAAAAGAUGGAAAACCUUUAACAGUUAAAGAAGGUGUUGAAAUUCAAGCACAAGCUGAUAAAGGUCUUUAUACACUUCGUAUUCCUCAAGUUGAUACAACCAAACAUAUGGGUACAAUAAUAUGUCGUGCAGAAAAUGCUAUUGGUACUACUGAACAUCCACUUCAAUUAAAUGUUACAACAGCUCCAACAUUAAAGACUCAAUUAAAAGAUCUAGAAGUUUUACGAGGACAAGAUGCAAUAUUUUCAAUUGAUAUUCAAGGUUAUCCAAUACCUGAAAUAAUUUGGAGUCGUGCUGACAAAGUUCUUGAAGAACAAAAUGAAACAAUUGCAUUUUCUGAUGAUCGAAAACAAUUAAUAAUACGUAAUGUACAAAUUGAAAAUGAAGAUGAAUAUAAUGUACGAAUAGUUAAUGAAUUUGGUGAAGUUACAAGUAAAGCAAAAUUAAAUGUAUUAGAACUUCCCGAAAUUCAACCACUAUUAGAAGAUAAAAAUAUUCAAAUUCGUCAACAAAUCGAAUAUUCAACAACAAUUACUGGACGACCAUUACCAGAAAUUCAAUGGUUAAAAAAUCAAAAACCAUUAAAUGCAUCACCACCACAUAUUAAUAUUGAAACAAUUGAAGAAGAUGUUAUAAAAACUACACUUCGUAUUGAUAAUAUUCAAUCAGAUGAUGAUGGUACAUAUACAAUACGUGUUAAAAAUCGUGCUGGACAAAAAGAGUCAUCAUCAAAAUUAAAUAUCUUAGCUAAGUUAACAUUUAUUAAAAAAAUUCAAGAUGAAAAUGUUAUUCAAGGACAACCAAUUUCAUUUCAAUGUCAAAUAGAAGCAAUACCAAAACCAAAAAUAACAUUUUAUUUAAAUGAUCAAGAAUUAAAAUCAGGUGGAAAAAUAAAAAUUGAAUCAAAAGGCGAUUUAAAUACAUUGUCAUUUUCAAAAGUUGAUCUAAUUGAUAGUGGAAUAAUUAAAGUUAUUGCUGAUAAUGGUUUAGAUAAAGAAGAAAUAAGUGCAAAAUUAAAUGUUUGUCUAAAACCAACUCUUGUCGGAAAACCAACUGAUGCUCAAGUAUCAAUUGGGCAACCAGCAAGAUUACAAUGUGCUUUUACUGGUUUACCAAUGCCAGAAUUGAAAUGGUCACGUGCUGAUGGACAACCAUUAAAUGAAGGAAUUGAAAUAGCUAAUGAUGAAAAUCAAGGCAUAGCAGCUUUAGUUUUUAAUACAACAACAAUGGCUGAUAAAGGAGCAUAUCUUGUUAAAGCAACAAAUCUUGUUGGAUCUGUCGAACAAAAAGUUAAUCUUGAUAUUAAAGGUUGGUGUUUAUUUUUAUUUAUUUAUUUAUUUAUUUUUGCUAAUAAACAUUACUAUUUAGAAAUUAAACCAACAAUUAUUCGUGAUCUUGAAGCAGCUAUUA